AAUUUCCGGGAGUCAGGAUGGCAUGCUUAGAGAGGGCAUCCCCAGCUUUGAAGGGAAUUCUGCUCAAACGGUACCGGUGAGUCCUCAGUGUGUACAGACUGAAUUUCAAAUAUUGUAGCCAAGAUGUGAAGCUAGUAAUAAUGUGUGGGUGGAAAAUACCUCAUCAUAUGGUUUUUUAAGCAGGCAUUUUGAUAUCUCUUCCGAUGAUUUUCGUGUAAUAAAACAGUCUUCGGCAUCAGAUACGCAUUAUAUCUACUUGUCAGUGUCAACCCCGCUCCUUUCCCAGGGAGUCAUGCGUCCGUAUGGGAUUUCGCAAUAUACUAAACAGAUGGUAAAGGGAAUUCGUCCUGACAUUGUGGAGAUUGUUGAACCUGCAAAAGAAGGAUACCAGCUUACUUUAAGACUUGAUUUUUCUGAGAUUCCAAAUGGAAAAGAUUCUGUGAAGGUAAUUGCAGACAUUGCUGCCGUGCAAGCAGUAAUCUUAAGUUCUCAGCUGAAAGAAAUGUUGAUGAAUGUUAACCCUCAAGAUGCAUCGCAAGGAAUGUAUAAGCCACUCAAACUCGAAUAUCACCCAAGAGAGCCUUUCUUUAUUAUUAGACAGCCGCAGAAAAUCAUAGCAGUAUUCCCGAUACGUUUCAAAGACAAAACAGAUGUCAUUAUUGCAACAGCAUUCUUUCAGGAGCUUAUGGAUGUCGGAAGUUGUGAAAAAUGGAGGAAAGUGCCUCCUUGUUGCUGGUCACCCAUUCCACCUCCAGAGUUAAGAGGAGAAACUUUUGAAGAUUUGAGUACGAAUGGAGGAUUUGUCUCUUUUGAGAUUACUUCACGUCAUGUCGAAGGUAAAAGACUGGACAAGACAGUAUGGAGUUUACUGAAUUUCUAUGCCUAUGUUAAAUACCAUGUAAAGAGCACCAGAAGUUUUAUUCAGAGAAGGAUGAGAAAGCGUCUUGAAGGACUGGUUGAGGUCCUGGGUAAGCGAAGAAACACAGAAGAAGAAGAAAAGGACGAGGAAGAGGAAAAAGAGGGAAACCACAAGGUUCCAGCAAAUGCAGGAUGCAUGAACAUGAGAAAACUGAUCAAGAUAUCAAAACCUAAAGUCCUACAGCGAAGAUAUGAUGACUUGAGCACGAAAUCAAGAGAAUCCGUUGGCGGAUUAAAAUCCAUGGCUUUGGGCGUUUUCGUCGUCGAUGGUUGAAAAUGCCAAAGUUUUCUUCUUCAAUGGGAUAUAUCAGAUUAGAAUAAGUUAUUUCCCUACCUUAUAUGUUAGCUAUUUAUGACAGCAAUUAGAAUAAUGAACAAUGCCCCCUUUACUGCUACUUAUGCAGAAACAAUACAAAGACUGUAGAUACCAAGUGAGUACUGUUUAUAAACCUUCAUGUGUUUUAAACUGGAACUCUAUCGUAGCUUAAUUUGUAUGUCUUGAUAUGUAAUUCUGUGAAAGUCAGAUAAACAGACCAGAUUGAUAA